AGCUGUCAAAGUAGAAGGUUUUCCUCCGUGUCCACGGACCAAACUCGGUUUAGCUAGCUCCUCUAAUGUGUCCCGGGUUUGAGGGAAACGACACACCGCGACGUUUUGGAGUUUUAAAUAACCACACGUGUCCACAGCGAGCUGUUUUCGGAGACUUGCGGACCGUGAGGACUAACUUGGAGUCUACCGUCCGUUACCGCCAGCUCUAACGGUAACGGACUAACGGCUGCGGAGGUUGUGGACGUUCACGAGUUGCUACAGAGCUUCCAGUUUUAUUUCCUAGAUUUUCUACGUUUCACUAAUGAAAAUACCGUGAAUGUAAGUAACCGUUAAGUAUGUUAGCUGCUCUGUCGACGGGUGUAGUCUAGAACCGGAGUACAACAGGGUUUAAAGGGGCUGGACAGGUAACUGCUGCUCCGUUGCGAUGGGCAACCACGGGAUGGAGGAUCUGAUCCCGCUGGUCAACCGCCUUCAAGACGUCAUGGGCAGGGUGGGGCAGAACAGCAGCCUCCACCUGCCGCAGAUCGUGGUGGUGGGCGGCCAGAGCGCGGGAAAGAGCUCCGUCCUGGAGAACUUUGUGGGCAGAGACUUCCUCCCACGUGGCUCAGGAAUUGUCACUCGCAGACCUUUAAUCCUCCAGCUGCUCCACGCUGACUCGGAGUACGGGGAGUUUCUCCAUUGUCAGAGAAAGAAGUUCACAGACUUUGAUGAAAUCCGCAAGGAGAUAGAGGAAGAGACGCGCAGACUCACAGGAUCUAAUAAGGGAAUCUGUCCUGUCCCCAUCAACCUACGGAUUCAUUCACCACAUGUGCUGAACCUGACGCUCGUGGACCUUCCCGGCAUCACCAAGGUGCCAGUAGGAGACCAGCCGGCAGAUAUAGAGUACCAGAUACGAGACAUGAUCAUGCAGUUCAUCUGUAAGGACAACUGUCUCGUCCUGGCUGUCACACCAGCCAACACUGACCUGGCCAACUCUGAUGCUCUCAAACUAGCCAAAGAUGUCGACCCACAGGGUAGUCAGCGCACAAUAGGUGUAAUCACUAAGCUGGACCUGAUGGAUGAAGGAACAGAUGCCCGGGAAAUACUGGAGAACAGGUUGCUCCCUCUGCGCAGAGGUUACAUCGGGGUAGUGAAUCGCAGUCAGAAGGACAUUGAUGGGAAGAAGGACAUUAAAGCUGCUCUGCUUGCAGAGAAGAAGUUCUUCCUGUCCCAUCCGGCCUAUAAACACAUGGCUGAAAACAUGGGCACCCCCUACCUACAAAGAACCCUCAACCAGCAACUGACAAACCACAUCCGGGAGACUCUGCCCGCUUUCAGUUGUCAUCUGCAGAGCCAGUUCCUGGCUUUGAACAAAGAGGCUGAGGAGUACAGACAAUAUAGUUCUGAAGACCCUGCACGCAGGACCAAGACACUGCUACAGUUAGUUCAGCGCUUGGCCGUCGACUUUGAGAAACUCAUCGAGGGCUCAGGAGACAAAGUCGACACUGCGAAUCUGUCAGGAGGUGCUCGGAUCAACCGAAUCUUCCACGAGCAAUUCCCCUGUGAACUGGUCAAGAUUGAGUCUGAUGAGAGGAAGAUGCGGCAGGAGAUAAACUACGCCAUCAGAAACAUCCACGGCGUCAGGACAGGUCUGUUCACUCCUGACCUGGCCUUUGAAGCCAUAGUGAAGAAACAGAUAUCACGGUUAAAGGGGCCAUGUCUUAAAUUUAUCGACCUGGUCAGUCAAGAACUAAUCACCACUGUGUACGAGUGUAUCAACAAGCUCAGUUCCUUUCCCAAACUGCGGGACGAGACAGAGAGAAUUGUAACCACUGAAAUCCAUGAACAAGAGAAUAAAUGCAGAGAUCAGGUCUUGUUGCUCAUUGGCAUCCAGCUCGCCUACAUAAAUACCAAACACGAGGACUUCAUUGGCUUCACUAACGCCCAGCAGACGUACAACCACAGCAAUAAGACCGGGAAGGCAGGAAACCAGGGUGUGGCUUCUCCCUCCAGUCUAAUAGUCAUUCGUAAAGGCUGGCUGACCAUCAGCAACAUCGGCAUCAUGAAAGGCGGAGCCAAGGAGUUCUGGUUUAUUCUCACUGCAGAGAGUCUGUCCUGGUUCAAAGAUGAUGAGGAGAAAGAGAAGAAGUAUAUGCUUCCUCUGGACAACUUAAAGCUCAGAGACGUGGAGAAGGGCUUCAUGUCCAGCAAAUUUAUCUUUGCAGUCUUCAACACAGAGUUAAGGAACGUGUAUAAGGACUACAAAUGCCUGGAGUUGGCCUGUAACUCCCAGGAGGAGUUGGACAGCUGGAAGGCUUCUCUGCUUCGGGCCGGAGUCUACCCUGAGAAAGUCCCUGUGGAUAAACAGGGAAACGGAGCUGAGAACUCCACAGACCCUCAGCUGGAGCGUCAGGUGGAAACCAUUCGUAACCUGGUUGACUCCUACAUGAGCAUCGUCUAUAAGACCAUCAGAGACUUAAUGCCAAAGACCAUCAUGCACCUGAUGAUCAACAGUGUGAAGGAGUUCAUUAGCUCGGAGCUCCUGGCGCAGCUCUACGCUCUGGGAGAAUGCUCAGCGCUGAUGGAUGAGUCACCAGAGCAGCAGAAGCACCGUGAGGAAGUGCUCUGCAAACACGCCGCCCUGAAGGAGGCGCUGGCUGUUAUUGGAGAGAUCUCCACCUCCACCUGCACCACCCCUCUGCCUCCACCUGUGGACUCCUCCUGGAUCCAGUCGUCCAGUCCAUCACUCCCUAAGAACUCAGCGACUGACGCCAAGCCAGUGAUUCGAGGCCUUGCCCCCCAGGCUCAUCGGGCACCCACUGCACCCACUGCUGGACCUCAGCAGCCCAACCGUGCUCCCUGUGUGCCGAGGAGGCAACCUCCAGCCAUCCCAAAUGUGAAAUAACCGUCCUUUCAGCUCAGAACUCCAGUACCCAUGUGCCCCAGCGGUCCUUCCAGCUGCAGCUGACUGCUACCCAGAGACGCCCAUGACCUGUGUGAUGUGUAAUCCAGCUGAAGCUCUCUGCCGGGCUUCUUGCUGUCUCCUCUGGGAGCUGCUGUCUGCAGAAUUCACUCUGUCUUCAGCCUGUUUUGUUCAUAAUAUCUCUGGCCAUGACUGAAGGAAUGUGCUCCACUGUCUGCUGACUUUCCUCAAGUG